AUGGCCAUCUGCCGUUCAGUCAUUGGGAUUCUUCUACCGCUACUUUUCUGCUGUGCCGUCGCUGCUGCUUCUUGCUGUGUGGUCGCUCCGUCAUCUUACAAGGACCCUUCCGAUCCUUCCGAUCCACGCUCGGUCAAGCUUCCGUCGUAUUCUUUCGUCAAGUUUCCUUCGGAUUCCUUCGUCAAGCUUCCGUCCGACGCUCAAUCUUCCACCAUGGCCAAGCGCAAGGGCGGCAAAGGCUUCCACAGAACCAAGAGCAAGAAGCACCGAUCCAAGGAUGAAAGGGUUGUGUGGGCCCGACAACAGCAGCAGCUACAGCAAGCCGCCUUGCAAACUCCCCAUGCAGUCUCUCCUCAUGUCAACACUGGUCCCUUCCACAAUGAAGAUAUUGAUGGUGUACUGCCUCCUCCCGUUGCCUCCCUUCGCUCUGCUGCUCGCAAGCCAACACCCACGGAGCAACCGGAUGAUGAACGAUUGAAUGAAAUCUUGGGUCCCCCUUCGGAUGAUGAGCCUCCUUCCGACGAAGAUGAUACAUCAGCAGACCUUCGUCUCACUCCUGAAGAGAUGGAAUCUUUCCUGAGGGAGUACUGGAUUGGCAAUCAAGGACGCUCUUGGGAUGAAGACGCGGAAGCCAAUCAAGAAUAUCUUCGGAGACAUCAAUUACUGUGCCAAGAACGACCUUGA